GUGGCUGGGGACAUCCCCCUGCUGAGUGAGCCACAGGAUAAAUACUUCCUCCACGAGCGGCUCCGGGCAGACAGCCCAGCCUGGCAGGAUGGACACAGCCACAGCCCGCAGACGCCCAGGUGUGAUGGGAGCUGUUCCCUGGCUCCCUCUAGUCCUCCUUUGCGGCUGCAGCCACUUCCAGAGCUCAGAUGCAGCUUCCAGCCUGCGCCCACAGCUCAUUACGCCCCUGAAGCCUGUGAAAAGUCCCACUCUAGGGAAACGCUUCAGUGUCAACUGCCAGGCUCAGAGCCCCUUCCCGAGGAUGACCCUCAUCUACUGGCUGGCAAACAGCUCCUUCGUGGAGGACCGAUACCCAGACGAGGCAGUGAGCGAAGGGGACGUCGUAACGGAGCCCAGGGGCACCAAGGUCCUCCUGACCCGGGAGCUGCUCUUCCGCUCCUUCUCCCGGCGGGACUGGAGCACCUCGUUCCUGUGCAUGGUGAGGAACCCAGCCGGGCUGGAAAAGGGACUGGUCCACUGGGACCCUGAGCCACCAGCCCAGAUCUCCGAGCCACAGCAGGAGACAAGGCAGGACAUCCAGACCCUGACGAGCACCCCCACCAUGGACUGGGCCAAGAGCACGGACUGAGCGCGGGGAGAGCAGCGCCGGCCCCCGAGAGGCAUCGAUAUUGUACCCAUGGCUGCCAAGCUCCACUUCCCUGGCAAAGCCCUGCCAGCCUCCCUCCACGGCCCAGCUGCCUUCCCCUGCCCCUUCUGUUUCCCCUGUGUCUGCUUGGAGCCCCACCCCAAACACACUGCACUGGUGAGGGAGGCUCCCAUAGGACUUGCCCUUGGGUCACGGCCUGGGAAAGGCCCACGUCUUCUACCCACCCCCAUCCCUCUUCCACUGCUCUGGCAGGGUCAUUCUCGGCCCUAGUGACCAAAGCCACCCCCUGCUGCCAGCCCAGCCUAUGAGUGAAGAGCAGGGUCCCUUCAACAGCUGCCAGCAGUGCCCUGCCUGUUACAUGCCUGGGGGCAGCACCAGCUUGGGGCAGGGGCUGGGAGACCAGCACCCCCUGGCCUGUGGCUGCCAGCUCUCUUCCCACGUCACACAGCAUCUAUUAAAUAAACAGACAACACUCUGC